UUCUCGUUUUUUUUUAGAUUUGAUCGAAAUCAUCGGCUUAUCGCAGAUUUGUUUAGUGGUAGUAUUGUCACGGAUACUCGAACCAUAUUGGCGCAAAAUCGCAUUGAAAUGUUGAAAAAACAGGCAACUUCUCUGGCACUGCAUCAGAGCAAAUUGGACGACGAGCUGAUGAAAUUAGGUGAAGUUUUUCAAGCAAAAAAACGAGCUAUGGAAGUGGCAUCUGAAGAGUUUGCUGUUAAGCUGAAGAAAGUAUGCGAUGAAAAACCGCAGAUUGAUGAGGCAAAAUAUAUAUCGAUGGUAGAUGACUGGACGGAAAAACUAAUGAAGGCAUACGACGAAUACAAAACAAAACAGGAAGCAUUGCGAGCUAAGCAAAUUGUAGAGCGUGAGCAACUGGCCGAAGAGACGCCAAUUUUAUAUCGACUCACUGUUGGUGACUCAUCGCCUUCGCCGAAGAAUAAAGUAUCUGAUGAGAUCCAGUCACCACAAGUGACAACCACGGAUCAACAGCAGCAACAGCAGCAGCAGCAACAGCAUUCACAACAUCCAUCAGUUACCACUACUGCUAGCAGUGGCACCACCACCACUGCUCCUACCGCAGCGCAACUAGUCCAAGCACCAUGCAUCGGAGUACCAGAAAACGAGAAAGAGCAGCCACAACAGCAAUUGCAACCUCAAGAAGCUGUUACCUGCUCCCAAACACCGGAAAUUCAAGCGAACAGCGUCCCGGUAACUCAGUCUGAUCAGUGA